AUGGAAAAGAGGAAGUUCGAAAGCAACACCACAGAUUCCAAGGCAUUGGUGGUGAAAAGACCUAAGACUGAUGAAAUCAAGGGACGAGAGCUUAUAGCCGCGGGCGUUCCCCGCACAUCUAGCCUCAUCGCCCCCAUUGUGGUGUUGGAGGGCCACCAAGCCGAGGUGUACACCUGCAAGUUCGACCCCUCGGGCAAGUCUCUUGCUUCGGCUGGUUUCGACAAGAGGAUUUUCCUGUGGCAGGUCCAGGAGGAAUGCGCCAACUACCAUGUCUUCGAUGGUCACAAGAACGCCGUCCAGGAGAUCCACUGGAGCACUGAUGGAGAGCGGCUGUUCUCUGCCUCGGCGGACAAGACUGUGAUGGCGUGGGACACCGUGGUGGGCGUGCGAGUAAAGAAGCUCAACGAACACACGUCGUUCGUCAACAGCUGUUGUCCGUCGAAGAAGGGCAACCUGCUCGUGAGUGGCUCGGACGACAAGGCCGUCAAGCUUUGGGACCUGCGUAGGAAGAGGAGCGCACAGACCUUCAACCACAAAUACCAGGUCACCUCUGUCGCCAUCUCGCACAACAACGACCAGGUCUAUUUCGGCGGCAUCGACGGCACAGUCCACGUGUGGGAUCUUCGCAGGGACGAUCUGGCGUUCAGCGUCAACUCGCACAAGGACAUCAUCACCUCGAUACAGCUAAGCCCCGAUGGCAACUUCCUGCUUUCGAACGCCAUGGACAACUCGUUGCACGUGCAUGACAUGCGCCCCUACAUUCCCGGCGACAACCGCCUCACCAAGGUGUUCACAGGAGCUGUGCACGGAUUCGACCAAAAUCUGCUGAAGGUGAACUGGUCGCCUGAUGGCAGCAGAGUGUCUGCUGGUUCUGCUGACAGACUUGUGUAUAUUUGGGACAGCGUGACAAGGCAGGUGAUCUACAAGCUUCCAGGACACACAGGAACCGUGAACGAAGUCGCGUUCCACCCCGACGAGCCUAUCAUCGCCUCCUGCAGCUCGGACAAGAAGAUCUACCUCGGCGAAAUCGAACCCUGA